AUGCGGGGGACGUUCCAGAGUUCUGGUCAGAACUGUAUCGGAAUAGAAAGAGUAAUUGCCGAGCCCAGAUCGUAUGCCAAAUUGGUGGAUAUUUUGGAAGAUAGAGUGAAGGCUUUGAGAUUGGGCUCUGGUAUAGAUCAACUAGAGGAGAUCGAUGUUGGUGCUCUGAUUUCGGCUGGGCCCAAGUUUGAUUACCUAGAAGAAACUAUUGCCCAGGCCGUUAAAGAAGGAGCAAGACUGUUGGUGGGUGGAAAGAGAUAUGCCCACCCAAAUUAUCCCCAAGGACAUUACUUUAGUCCCACUUUACUGGUUGACGUGACUCCCGAAAUGACCAUUGCGAAAGAAGAGGUGUUUGGCCCGGUGCUUACGCUCAUGAAGGCUGAGAACACUGACGAUGCCAUAGCAAUUGCUAACUCCACAGACUACGGGUUGGGUGCUUCCGUUUUCACCGGCAGCUUUGCUGCUGGUAAUCGCAUCACGAAUCAACUGAAGGCAGGCAAUGUUGCCAUUAACGACUUUGCAACCUUUUACGUUUGUCAAUUGCCAUUUGGAGGUGUAAAGAGCUCGGGUUACGGUAAAUUUGGUGGUGAGGAAGGUUUGCAGGGUUUGUGUGUGGCUAAAUCGGUCUGUUAUGAUAAGUUGUCGUUCAUACAAACGCGCAUUCCAGCUCCUUUGGACUAUCCAAUCAAAAACGGGAAAAAAGCGUGGAAGUUCGUAAGCUCUUUGAACCGGAGCGGUUAUGAUAACAGUUUAUGGCAGAGGGUCAAGUCCAUUUUGACUUUGGCAAAGAAUGCUGCAUAG